UAUAUAUAUAUAUAUAUACGAACCGGGUUUGCCACUGAUCAUUUGCGCGGGAAAAAUUAUAGAGCAGUAGUAUUAAGUAAUCAUGGAAUGGCGGAUUUGAUAUGAGAAAAAAGUGUGAAUAGGGCGUGGAGGAGAGUGAUGGCGAACAAAUUGAUAAGCGAAAUGGGUCUUCCCAAAUCAAUAGCCAACAUCUUUGCUGCUCGCAACAUUCACACUGCCAAGGAUGCAUUGUCAUUAACCGAGUUUGAGUUAACGGAGCUGUUAGAUGUCGGGUUGGCUGAAGUUACAACAGCAGUAUCAAGUAUCAGUGAGAUUUCUUGCCCUCCCUACCAAACUGCUCUGUCGCUGUUGGAGCAGCGUAUGCAUAAUGAGUACUUGGCAGGUCAUCUACCAACUCGUCUGAAAGGACUAGAUGCAGCCUUAUGGGGCAUUCCAUUUGGUGUUAUUACGGAGUUGGUUGGUCCUGCAGGGAUUGGCAAAACACAGUUCUGCCUGAAGCUUUCCUUGUUGGCCUCACUGCCUUCUAGUCACGGUGGCCUUGAUGGCCAUGUCAUAUAUGUGGAUACCGAAUCAAAAUUUAGUUCAAGGAGGAUGAUUGAAAUAGGUGUUAAUAGUUUCCCAGAAAUAUUCCAAAUUGAAGGAAUGGCACAGCAGAUGGCUGGUAGGAUCCUAGUCUUGCAACCGACGACACCCACUGAAUUCUCAGAGUGCUUGCAAAAGAUCAAGGAUUCCCUUCUCCAGCAUCAUAUGAAGUUGCUAGUCAUUGAUAGCAUGGCAGCUCUUGUUUCAGGGAGAGAUGGACAGGGACAAUGUAGACAGCAUCCAUUGGGUUGGCAUAUGACCUUUAUAAAAUCACUCGCAGAAUUUUCCCGUAUCCCUGUGGUGGUGACUAACCAAGUUAGAUCUCAUAGUGGUGAUGACCCUUUCCACUAUUCCUUCCAAGAUUCUAGACAAAAUCUGGAUUUCCCCACAACAUUUGAUUCCCAUCUUGUUGCUGCUCUUGGGAUCCCUUGGGCUCAUGCUGUUUCUAUCCGUCUUGUGCUGGAAUCUAAAUCAGGGCAAAGAUUCAUAAAACUGGCAAAAUCAUCAAUGUCCCCUCCGGUUGCAUUCACUUUCGCUAUAUCUGCAUCUGGAAUUUCCUUGCUUCAUGACGAUGGAAUUGAAAUGACUGGACCAGAAAUAAAUGGAAUAUGUGGUCAAGGCAACAGUGGUUUAUUCGAUUAAGAAUUGGAGCUUCAGGGUUGUUUGUGGCUGAUAGCUGUACUCAAGGACUCGAGCACUUAGCUUGGUACAUAGAUCUUUGUUUGAAUAUAGUUCUGUAGCCCUUUUAUCACUACGCAUCAGAAAUCAAAGUUUGAUUGAGGUUAGAA